AUGGCCGCCUCCCUCCUGCCCCCCGCAGCCACCCUCGUCAAGAAGUACCCAACUCUCCUCCACCCGUUCGGCGUCAAGCCACACGCCCAGAGGCUGAUCUUCAGGUGCGGCGCCACCAGCAGCGAUGGUGCGGACGAUGGCUGGGCGUCCUUAGUGAACGAGCUCAAGAGGUCGCUGCAGCAGGCGGACCCGUCCGACACGGUGACCAGCAACGCCGGCGCGGGUGUCACACCGAACGACCUCGUCACCGCGCUGCCACUGGAACCCUCCACCACCGGACCGGCGGUGGGAGACGCGACUAAUGCCGCCGCCGGGGCGGUGAACGAGCUCCUGGGCGUGGACGCGUCCAGCGUGGCGGCCAGCAGCGACGCUGGCGCGGCCGCCAUCGCCGACGGUCUCCUGAGCGCGCUGCUGCACCUGGACGCGUCCAACCCGGUGGCGCGCGCGGCGAGCGGCGCGCUGUCUCGCCUGGACGCGCUCACGUCGGGGCUGUCGGACGCGCAGCGGUGGGCACUGUUCGGGUUCCUGGCCGCGACGUGGCUGUACCUGACGGCCCGGCCCGGGGUGCUGAGCGGCGCCGUGGACACGUACGUGCUGGCGCCGCUGCAGCUGGCGCUGGACAGCGUGCUGGGCCGGCGGAGCCUCAAGAUGAGCGACUUCGUCGUCGGCGAGCGCAUCGGGGAGGGAUCCUUCGGGGUGGUGUACGCCGGCGCCGUGGUGCCGAAGAACGGCGCUGUCGUGGAGGAGCGGUCCGGCAGGGCCAGGACGAGCCUCCAGAACGACGACAGGUACAAGGAGAAGGUCAUACUCAAGAAGAUCAAGAUGUUGACGGUGGGGGCGAAGGAGUGUGGGGACUAUGAAGAGUGGUUCAACUACCGCGUGGCUAGGGCGGCGCCGGAGUCGUGCGCCGACUUCCUCGGGAGCUUCAUCGCCGACAAGAACAAGGCAGAGUUCGUCAAAGGCGGCAAGUGGCUCGUCUGGAAGUUUGAGGGCAACAGAACGUUGGCCAAUUACAUGAGUGACCGCGGGUUCCCGUCCAACCUGGAGCGGCUCAUGUUCGGGCGCGUGCUGCAGGGUCUCGGCACGCUGGAGCGCGACGCGCUGGUGGUAAAGCAGGUGAUGCGGCAGCUGAUCACGUCGCUGAAGCGCAUCCACGCCACGGGCAUCGUGCACCGCGACAUCAAGCCGUCCAACCUCGUCGUCACCCGCCGCGGGCAGGUGAAGCUCAUCGACUUCGGAGCCGCUACCGACCUCCGCAUCGGCAAGAACUACGUGCCCGACCGCGCCCUGCUCGACCCGGACUACUGCCCGCCGGAGCUCUACGUGCUCCCCGAGGAGACGCCCGAGCCCCCGCCGGAGCCCAUCGCCGCCAUCCUCUCCCCGAUCCUCUGGCAGCUGAACAGCCCGGACCUGUUCGACAUGUACUCGGCGGGGAUAGUGCUGAUGCAGAUGGCCAUACCGACGCUGCGGACACAGUCCGGGCUCAAGAACUUCAACGCCGAGCUCAGGUCCGCCGGCUACGACCUCAACAGGUGGCGGCAGAGCGCGCGGCGGAGACCCGACCUGCAGAUCCUGGACCUCGACUCUGGCCGAGGCUGGGACCUCGCCACCAAGCUCAUCUCGGAGAGGGGCCCCAACGGCGGGGGCCGCCUCUCUGCCGCGGCCGCAUUGCGGCACCCAUAUUUUCUCCUGGGUGGCGACCAGGCCGCGGCGGUACUGUCCAAGUUCUCGCUCAGCAAAUAG